AUGUCGGGUGACCUGAUAAAAAUGAACCAAAACUUAUAUUGCACACACCAUCGUGAUAAGGGGCAUACUACUGAGCAGUGCAGGGUAUUUAAGGAUCACUUGGAGCAAUUGGUGAAAUCUGGGCAUUUGAAGGAGUUCGUCAUGGCACCCAAUGAUGGAGCUACAGGACAGGUGUCGACGGCUCAAAGGGACACGCUCCCGCUGCCAUUGGGGGUAAUCGAAGUUAUCCAUGCGGCUUUAAUAGGCACAAGUGUAAGCCGAUGUAAGGGGGUGUUAAAUGUGGUGUCGAUGGAGAAUGCAGAAUGUGAAGCUCGGCUCGAAAAGAAAUUGAAGUUGGCUCAGGGGCCUAUUGAGUUCGAGGACGAAAACUUAGAAGGAACAACCAAGCCGCAUGAUGACACUCUCGUAGUUACUGCUAGAAUCAAUGGCUUUAUAAUGAAGAGGGUGUUUGUGGAUUAG